AUGCCUCUCAGAUUCUGCUCCAGUCAGAGUCGACCUCAGGUGGAGACAAGUCCCUGUUACCUGAGGACCAGCCCCAGUCUGACUCUAGACCUGAGGACCAGUCCAAGUCUGACUCUAGACCUGAGGACCAGUCCCAGUCUGACUCUAGACCUGAGGACCAGUCCCAGUCUGACUCUAGACCAGAGGACCAGUCCCAGUCUGACUCUAGACCUGAGGACCAGUCCCAGUCUGACUCUAGACCUGAGGACCAGUCCCAGUCUGACUCUAGACCUGAGGACCAGUCCCAGUCUGACUCUAGACCUGAGGACCAGUACCAGUCUGACUCUAGACCUGAGGACCAGUCCCAGUCUGACUCUAGACCUGAGGACCAGUCCCAGUCUGACUCUAGACCUGAGGACCAGUCCCAGUCUGACUCUAGACCUGAGGACCAGUCCCAGUCUGACCCUAAACUCUAGACCUGAGGACCAGUCCCAGUCUGACUCUAGACCUGAGGACCAGUCCCAGUCUGACCCUAAACUCUGGACCUAG